AUCUGAAGAUAGAGAGAAACUAUUUAAUGAAAGAAUACAUCUUAUUGUAUCCAGACCUAAAAAAGAUGUAAUGUUUAAUACAGGGGUGUUUUUAAUUAGGAAUUCUGAAUGGAGUUUUGAAUUUUUAAGACAAAUGCAAGAAAUAAAAGAUUUAUAUAAUGGUAAAAAGACAGAUCAAGCAUCCAUGUGGCAAUUUUUUAACAAAUAUCCUGGUUUGAAUGAUCAUGUAUCUAAAUUUAUUUUGGAUUAUUUAAAUUAUUAA